GACGUAGGAAAAUCGGCGCGCGAAAGCUGCAGCAGGAAGUGCGAGCAUCUGAGGGGAAGCGGCGGCCAGUUUGGGAUUUGAAUCAACCCGAACUUCUUCCACAAUCUACAAACAUCUACAUUAAUAUGGCGGACCCGAAGGACAAGGAGGAACCCGAGACCACUGCAGAGAGUACAGAGGACACUAACCAUGACCCCCAAUUUGAGCCCAUCGUUUCCCUUCCCGAGCAGGAUGUGAAAACAUUAGAAGAGGACGAGGAGGAACUCUUCAAAAUGCGGGCCAAACUUUAUCGUUUUGCCUCAGAGAACGACCCUCCAGAGUGGAAGGAGAGAGGAACUGGUGACGUCAAGCUGCUGAAACACAAAGAGAGGGGCACAAUCCGCCUCCUGAUGAGGAGAGACCGGACCUUGAAGAUUUGUGCCAAUCAUCAGAUCAUACCUGUGAUGGAUCUGAAGCCUAACGCUGGCAGUGACAGGGCAUGGGUGUGGAACACACCAGCAGAUUAUGCUGACGAAUGCCCUAAACCUGAACUCCUGGCAAUACGCUUUUUAAAUGCAGAAAAUGCUCAAAAGUUCAGAGUGAAGUUUGAUGAGUGCAAGGAUGAGGUCAGAAAAAAUCUAGAGGAAUCAGGUAACUCCGAUAGCGCAAACAAGGUGGCAGAGAAGCUGGAGGAGCUCUCGGUAAAGGAGAAGUCACCAGAAGACAAGAAGAAAGGAGACAAAAAGGAGACUGAGAAGAAAGAAGAUGAGAAAAAGGAAGAUGAGAAAAAGGAGGUCAAGGCUGAGGAGAAGAAUUGAGAACCAAGAACUUGCUUUGCUGAUCUUCAACUUAUCAGUUUUUCCUCUUUUUCUACAAUAGACUCUAACUGAACUGAAUUUGGAAACUUGCAUAUUAUUAGUAUUUUUUUUUAUUCUGUUUUGCCUCAAGAUCACAAGUCCUUGAUGCCACUGGAGAGGAAAAAAUACAAGAGAAUUUAUGAAAAAAAGACGCCCUUUCCCUCAUCUCUUCCCCUCUUUGCACCGUGGAAUGCCACACUUUCCAUUCUUGUCAUCUACAGUUCAAUAUUACAUUGACAAACUGUGAAAAGAGGCUUGUGAUAGUGAUAAUUCCCACAUUGGGGUAUUUUUUGUUUAGUUAUUCUGAAGCGGUUUGUUUUAAGGAGGGAGGCGAUAAUGUAGCCUGCUUGUAAGCAGCACAGGGUCAGGGACCAGGCAUUGUGGAGAUCCCAUGAUUCAUCCCAGUGGGCACUUCUUGCCCACUGUCCAUGCUUCCACUGUUAGCUACAGCAAGUAAGAUGAAGACUUCUCAGCGAUUGUCUUGUAGAAAAUAGCUCUCAGUUCCUCCCUGAAUCAGUUUGUCAGGAACUGACUAGAGGAGGAAUCCCUUCCACACAGUUGAAGGGCAUCAGAUGCGAGCUGCACAUCAGUGUCCACUGAUAGCUGACUGACAGAUCAGAUGCACUUAGCUCAGCUUUUUAUUUCUUUCCCUUUUUUGUUUUAAACCAUUAAGUCUAAGUGAACGAUUCACCAGAGUUUGGUGCAGCUAUGCUACAACUUAAGUUCCACACCAGGAAACGGUGUAUCAUUUAGAUCAUAACAUUCCCAAGGUUUGAAGCAUGUAGAGUAUAUGUAACAGAGUGUGCCCUCUCAGAUCAGUGUGCUCACCACCCUCUCCUUUUCGUUCCACUAAUUAAGUUCUUAACCUUGCCUCUUAAAGUGCAUCCAAGUGCCAGUGCAUCUGUAAAUACAUGUUUAUGGAUGAAAUGUUGCUUUUCAUUUGCACUCAAAUGAUUUGAAAUGUUUCCUCCACCUUCGAAUAAAAGCUGUCAAACACCA